AUGAGCUGAAAGAACUCCAAGCAGUACUUGUAAGCAUAAAUUUUAAAAAUUUUAAAUAUUUCAUACAAUGCUUGUGAUGUUACUCUGAGUGAAUAUCCACACCGGGCAAGCUUGAAAAAUAUGCCUGGCCACGGUGGGAAUCGAACCUACGACCUUUGGAAUACUAGCCCAAUGCUCUGCCAACUGACGGCUACGCGGUCGAGUCAGGUCGAUUCGAGUAAGUGAUAUUUCGGAACUGUGUCUAGCUCCUUCGAUAUCGAUGUAAUCUAGCAAUCAUGAUUUUUUUCUGUGUAAUGUACUCAUGGGGAAUAUGAUGCUUGUGAUGUUACUCUGAGUGUAUAUCCAUACCGGGCAAGCUUGAAAAAUAUGCCUGGCCACGGUGGGAAUCGAACCUACGACCUUUGGAAUAUUAGCCCACUUCGGCCUCUCGAGCCGACUUGACCACGUAGCUCACUGUUGGCAAAGCAUUGGGCUAGUAUUCCAAAGGUCGUAGGUUCGAUUCCCACCGUGGCCAGGCAUAUUUUUCUAGCUUAGCUUGCCCGGUGCGGAUAAUUUAUACACUCAGAGUAACAUCACAAGCAUCAUAUUCACUGAGUACACAUUACACUAACAAAAUUUUACCCAAAAUGUAUAUUUAAAUUAAUGAAGUAUAUAUGCAUACAUGCAGGCUCAUCAAAAUUAUGCACGAUUGCAAGGCUUCAGUCAACCACGAGAUUGGGAUUCAGUCGUUCAGAGGGAUUGGAUUUUAGCCACUGAACUGAUUUUUAUCGAAGUUACCAACUAUAAUAAAAUGAGCCUUAUUUUUUUCAUUUUCCAUUUCAAGUACGUUAACAAUUCGCGUUUAAUUUGUAUCGACAGUCUCAACAACUGCAGUCCUUCAUAUAUUCAGCAAUAUUUUGAAUAAGUAAUGCUUUACAUUUAAAGAGACCCGAAGAAGAAUUGAAAGAGCUUAAAGAUGAGAUUAACCAGAGAGAUGAUGAAGUGAAACAAUUACAGAAAGAGAGUACGUACAGUUUCGUACAGUUAACAAUUUUAGUUGUACCCAGGGACGCCGAGAGGUUGCGCGGGACCCGGGGCAAAACUUCCCCAGGCGGCCCCUAUGACUUCAGAAUUGUAAAACUGGAGAAGCGGUGCUUCACAAUAUAUUACACAUUAUUGCAUAUUAUCCAGACUAACACAGCUAGGAUGUAUAUUCACAGUUAAUUUUGUAUCAAGAUUCCUGGGGAAAAUUAAGUGCCUGCCUCCCUCAUCUCGGCGGGCCAGGCUCUUCCAUUUUCAUUUUAUAUUGAUUGUAUAAAUAUUCCUUUUAGGAAAGAUCUCAAAAUCAUCUCUGCAAAACCUAGAAAAAAUGUUGAAACAGAAGUCAUCGGAGAUAAUAAUGCUACGACAACAGCUGGAGACGUCUGUUUGUAAUGUCUGUAGGUCAAAAAAGAUGAGAGAGGUAGGUUUUCCACCAUAAGUCUAACAAAUUACCCUUGUGACCCUAUACAUAUCGGCCAUAAACCUUCAUUGGCCACUGGGCGAUCACAAAGAAUCGCCGGUUAAUUUUCAAGUCGGAAGCGCCCUCCAUAACAGGCAGGCUGCAUACAUAUAAAUAUAAUCAACUGAUAUAAAACACACCUGUACGUGUUAUGUUAUUUUAACCGCGAACACGGCCAACCAGCCAAACAAUGCACAAGUGUAAUGAUAAAACACUAUUUGAUGUUUACUUCAUGUUAGGGACAAGAUAACGCCGAGCCUGAAAAAACUACAUCAGGCGACUAUCUUGAACAAUUCCAUGAAUCAAUGAUGAAAUUAUCAUAUGGACGUUAUGGAACAAGAUUUCAGAGCAGAUCAAAUCGGAGAUUUACGAACACGCAAGAUAAUUUGGAUAUCAGUACAUGUGUUCCAGUCUUAGUGGAAUUACUGAAAGAAAAAGACCUGGAGAUUGUAAAAUUACGAAACGAAAUUGACCAG